AUGCUGCAAGCGGUGGCGCAGUUCGGGCCCCUUGCGGGGGAUGACUGCCCUGGUGCUGUGGCCGCCGCUGCCGUGCGAGACGUGGAGUGCGAGUACAUGGGCGAGCGCGUUGCGGAGCUGGAGCGGUGGAAGGCCUCGACUACCCGUCCUUUCGUUCGGCGGCUGGCGCGGCUCCGCAAGGAUGGCAGUGGUGGCGAAGACCUCCAAGUGCCAGCGCCCGUCUGUGAGAGCGGCGGAGUGCGCGGGCACUGCGCGGAGGGACGCGAGCUGACCAGGGAAGCGAACGCGUGCGGGUAUCCGAGGAGCUGUCUGGAUUGUGGCUGCGAGAUGCCAGACUGCGUAUACAUGUUUCUCUGUGCAUCGGAAGAUUGCAAUGAUUGCUUCUGUGCGAGAUGUGUGUAUCCCGGGUUUCAGCAUCGCUGA